AUGGUUACCGGUAACGAGAGCUUCGGCGCCAGUCUCGAGCGUCAGAGUUGGAUACACUACUCAAUAGGGAUGGCCUUCAUCUUCCUUAGAAUGUAUGGAAGAGCAAAGAGGUUAGGAGGGGUCUCCAACUUUGAAGCCGAUGACUAUCUCCAGAUUCUUGCAGCAGUUCUCUUCACCGUCCUCGUAGCCCUCCUCAACAUCAUCACCGACGGAGGCGGCUCAAACCUUUACCCUCCAGAACUAGAAGGAACCUUCACUCAAGCCGAAAUCGGAGACCGCAUCCACGGCUCCAAAAUUGUCCUUGUCUCUGAGCAGGCCAUGCUGAACCUCAUCUACGUGCUCAAAGCCUGCGUGCUCAUCCUAUACACUCGCCUCACCCUCAACCUCGCCGCCCAGCGCCUCGUCCGCUGGCUAGCAAUGUAUGUCGCCAUUGGCUGGACCGCAACGCAGAUUACAAUGUUCGCCGCCUGCCGUCCCUUCAGCGGCUACUGGGCCAUGCCGCCCCCCGAUCCUCAGUGCACGACGUAUGAGAACUACGCCAUCCUCCAGGGCUGGUUCAACAUCUCUUCCGAUACGCUGAUGCUAUUGAUCCCCCUUCCGCUUGUCUUCCGGAUGAAGGUGCCCUGGAAGCAAAAAGUCGUCCUCUUGUUCGUCUUCAGCCUCGGCAUCUGCGUCAUCGUCGCGGCGCUACUGACAAAAAUUUUCAACCUCUCCGACCCGUACAGCCCUACAUACAUGUUGUGGUACAUCCGCGAGGCAAGUGUCGCCGUCUACGUGUCGAACUUGCCGCUCGUCUGGCCGCUGCUGAGGGAGUGGUUUCCCUGGCUGCGAAACCUCAAGACGGCGGGCGUGCUUCCGACGCCGUCUAACCAGGCAACGGGGCACCGAACGAAGCAGGAUGCCAACAUGUCAUCGGGUGUCACUGUUCACAGUACGCACCGGGGGCCUGCGCCUGCGGGUGUGCCAAACUUAAGGAGGCAUACCUUUGAGGAGUUUGGGACUUGGCUCAGUGCCAGCGACCUCGAGCUCCAGAAGCCGCCGCGCGUCUUGAGGUCGACGGCAAGUAGGCGCCAUAUCUUGGAGGAGCACGAUUACGAGGAGCCAGAGAGCUCAGCUGUCGGAGAAGAGAAGAGCGCAAAGAGGGUGUCUAUAGUGGCAGAGUAUAGUGUUGGCGACGGGGAGAGCAGUAUGGGUUCAAGUCCAGCGCCCCAGCUGUCACCUCUGGAUACCGACCACGGACUGAUUGAUUGGGAAUACCAGCGUCGGAGUCGCUUUUUGCGUAGGUCAGGCGCGACAGGCUCUACCGUAGGACAUGGUCUGCUUGCCAGGGAGGAUAGAGACCUGACUCAGGGCACGGCGAGUCGGCCAAGUGAGAACUCACCGUAG